AUGUACCAACUGUGGCAACAGAGACAGCAGACCAUAGCCGUUACUCGAGUUCCUAGAGGCCAGUGUCAACGUGUCAUAAUAACGACUGCUAAUUAUCCGCAUCAACAAGGACAAAUUCCUCCACAACAAAUUUCGACGGUCAAUACAGUCUCAUCAGCCUUCGAACCGCCACCGUCUUAUGACGACGCUGCCAGAAACUACCCAAAAUACAACGAUGGUAGUCAGUUCCCAUCCCAUCCACCUGGUUAUGGAGCUCCUCAAGCUGGCGUUCCUGUAGCUGGACAGACCUCCGGAUUUACAAACAAUGCUUUCCGCUAA